AUGUGACACGGACACUAUCAUUGUGACGUUAUAGUUUUAUGUCUUUAAAUUACAAAUUCUCAAUAAUAAAAUUAUAAAAAUUCGAGAAAUAUAUAAUAUAAAGAUACAAUAAGUAUACCAGUAAUAUGCUUCCAAAUAAAUUAAAAAUAAUAAUGAUUGGACCUUCAGAGAGUGGGAAAACCCAAAUCGCUAAUUUCAUAUCUGAGUCAAUAAAUAUAGAAGAAGCUGGCACGCCCAGUCCAACCCAAGGCGUCAGGAUAGUAGAGUUCGAAGUUUCCAACCUAAGCAUUAACGGAAAAAUAACAAACAUCGAUAUAGAACUCUGGGACUGCAGUGGCGAUCAUAAGUUUGAAUCAUGUUGGCCUGCACUGCGAAUGGGAGUGCAUGGUGUGAUAUUAGUGUGUUCCCCUAGCACAGCUCAAGCAGCAGCUAGAGAGAUGGAACUCUUAUACAACUAUUUUGUAUCGCAACCUAAACUAUCAACAAAACAAUGUGUCCUUUUUUAUAAUAGUACACAUGAAAAUGAUGAUAUGGACACAUUAAACUUAUCAGCUACAUUUUCUAAGGUGUCACAAGUCUCAGUGAAUUUAAAAACUGGAGAUAAUCGAUUAAAAAAGGAUUUUUCAAAUUUUGUUGCUUCUAUUUUACAGACAAUAAAUGCAAGUAACUGAAUA